AUGAAACAUAUUCGGGAAAUGAUUCCUUCUGGACAAGAAAUUAAGCCUUUACUUGAUGAAAUGGUUCAAAUGGUUAGGGGAAAUCAGGGACAGGUUUCCGAAUUUCUCGAAAAUUUGACAAAAAUGUUUAAUUUGGAAUCUUCAAGGCUUUUGAAUUCUAAAAAUAAAUUUAAUGAAAAUAAUGUGGAUAUAACUGGAAAUGAUUUUAUAAAGAUUUUGGGUGGAUUGAAAGAACAGAAUUCAGCCCUUUCUGACCAAAUGAAUGAAUUAAAACGUUUAUUAAAUUUGGAAAGAAUAAUUAUUUCUGAUAGUGAAGAAAAUAAACAAAAUUUUGUAUUUAUUGGAGAUUCAAUGGAAGCAAUGCUUCAACAAACAGAAAGAAAUAUUGAAUCAAAAAUGAAAUUACAAACAUUGGCUUUUGUUGUUGGGUAA